UCUUUUCUUUUCCUAUAUAAACACCCAAACCCAGUACAAAUCCCAAGAACUUGCAGAGAAAAUAAAUCAAAAUCUCAAGUAUUAGCACUAGAUUUUCAUAUAUAGCAACAAAAAUGGAGAGAUUCCAAAAACUUUUCCUUGUAAUUGUUAUGAUCUUUGCAGCCAUCAGCAGCAAAAGUGUGCUUCAGCUUUCUACUGCACAAACCAUCUGCAACAUGCCGGUGGCCGGACUAAUGGCUUGCAAGCCUUCUGUGACUCCUCCAAACCCUACUGCUCCGACAAGUGAUUGCUGCUCGGCGCUUUCCCAUGCAGACAUGAAUUGCCUGUGCUCUUACAAGAAUUCCAAGUUGCUUCCUUCUCUUGGGAUUGAUCCAAAGCUUGCCGUGAAGCUUCCAGCCAAGUGCAAUCUUCCUCACCCUGCCAACUGCUAGAGGUUAAAGAACAAGUUGUGUUUCUGCUCAGUUUGGAAGGCUGUAAUAAUUAGCAGAAAGAAACAAAAGUUGUUGUGAAAAAGGUGAAGCUUGAGUUGGAUAAUUUAGCUCUUUGUUGUAUUUUUCUUGUUUUAGACCGGUUGGUAUUCUCCGUGUGUUGGCUGUUUCUCAAAUAUAAUAAUACUUUAAGAAAUAAUGUUUGAUUCUAA